CCUUCUCUCCUUCUCUUCUCUUCUCUCCGGAUACGAUUCGACGACUUCGAGAGGGGCGUGGGGCGUAGCCCUCUCUCUCGCUCUCCGAUCCCGCCGCCCGAUUCCACCGUCAAGUCUCCGCCUUUCAUUCAAUUCCGGCUGUGUUCGUCUUCUAUUUCGGAGUGUGUUUUUACUAUGAUUGCCACAGAAACAACCAUGUUUUCGGGCAGCAAGCUGAAGAUCAAAUUUUCCUGCAAAAGAAUAGAAGUUGAGCCCGGGAAAAUAGGGGAAUCCGAUGACGGGAAAGUGUCGCGUGACUUUGGGAAUACAGUGUCAGCCAGGGGUUUGAGCUCUGUUGCACAAACUUCUCUCCCGGGUGGUAAGAAGAGGGGACCCUCAGGGGAUAUUGAGGCUCCGAGAGAGAAGAAGCUGAAGAUGGAUCGUAAACUGAAGGGUCAGUGCUCAACAAUUCUGAAUACACUGAUUUCUCAUAAGGACUCUUGGGCCUUCAGAAAACCAGUUGAUCCUGUUGAGCUACAAAUUCCUGAUUAUUUUGAUGUCAUCUCUUCUCCCAUGGAUUUGGGAACGAUCAAAUCAAAGCUGGACAGAAAUUUGUAUUUUGGCGCUGGAGAGUUCGCAGCUGAUGUCAGAUUGACCUUUUCUAAUGCCAUGCUCUAUAAUCCCCCGGGCAAUCCUUUUCAUCAGAUGGCAAAAGACCUAAAUACAAAGUUUGAGAUGAAAUGGAGACAUCUGGAUGUGAAGUGGAGUCAGGGAAGCUCGAAGGUUGAUAUGGGGAAAAAUUCGUGUGGGCAAGUUAAGAAAAUAACUGAAAUAACUGAUACGAGACUGAAUUCCCAUAAAUCUACUCCGUUUCAGAGUGUACCAGUGUCCAAAAGCCCAGUCCUCAGCAGAGAGAAUGUUGGAGCUGCUUUUGGUGUAAGUGAUGGUGAGGUAGAGCUUGCCAAAACAGUCAAGAACUCCACUCCAAAAAUGUCGGGAAAGAACUUCAAUAGAGGCUGCGAUAGUGGUGGCAGACAAUCUUCUGGCUCUAGAAGUGCAAAGCAGCCACCAAGCUUGGUUGGUAGCAAAUGUGGAACAUGUGGCAACAUUACAUGCCGAUGCAGCCUACGCACUGACUAUCGCUCCUCAAGUGACAUUUCUUCUGAGAGGUCUGUAGGCAGAGAACAAAAUCAUCAUUCGUCUAUUGCCAAUGUAUCCGGACCGGAUGGUCAAGCAAAAGGCUCUUCUACAUCCCAUAUGAGCAAGUCAGAUCCAGAGUCUGAUGGGGCCGUAAGUGCUCUGGAUGAGGAAACCAUAUGUCCCAGUUCUCAGCUUACAACCCCAGUCACAGAUGCUGCUUCUGGAGAAGAAUGGAGCACUCCUAUUUUUAGUGUUCCACUAUCACCAAAAAAGGCUCUCCGUGCUGCAAUGCUGAAGAGUCGCUUUGCGGAUACUAUUUUGAAAGCUCAACAGAAAAGUCUACUUGAUCAAGGUAAUAGAAGUGAUCCACUGAAGAUGCAACAAGAAAAGGCGAGAUUAGAGCGGAAGCAGCGUGAAGAGAAGGUAAGGAUUGAAGCCGAAAUAAGAGCUGCGGAAGCUGCCGCACAAAGGCAGGCUGAGCUUGAAGUGAAGGAGCGGCAAGAAAGAGAGAGAGAAGAAGCUCGUAUUGCCCUUGAAAAGAUGGAGAGGACUGUUGUGUUUGAGCAGAAUUGCUAUAUCCUAGAGGAACUUAAAAGAUUAGCCGGAUAUAAUGGUGGCUCUUGGGGAUCACACUUCCGUUCACCACUGGAGCGACUUGGUUUAUUUAUCAAGGAAGAGUAUACAGUAGAUGUUGAUGAAUUGGAGGAAGGCGAGGAAGGGGAGAUUUUGUGACACAGCUUGACCUGGCUUGGCUUCAGACUUAUAUUAUAUGAUUGUAUGUGUUUCUGUUCUCCAACUCGGGGUUUGAGAGGAAGAGACCAUUGUAAAUGAAAUUUGGUACUUCUUUGGGUAGCGGAUUAGGUGAAUUACACUGAUGUGUAUAUAUAUAUAUGAAAUAUUAGGUAUAAAAGAAUGAAAAGAAAUUAUUGGAGUCUAUACUCCACAGGUUCCCUCUCUUGUUCUCUAAAGUUUAAUGAAACCUGAAAACUAGAAACCUGUACUUUGGUAUGAAUUGAAUUGAUGGAUUACUUGGUUA